CGGUCGGUAAGAGCCGGCCGCAGGCCCCGCCUUUCCCCGCAGGCUCCUCGGCAGAAGGCCGGGGCGGACGCAGCCGCUCGUCGCCGCAUGCCGCCGCGGCCCGCUGGAGCCAUGGGCUCCCACCGCAGCGAGAGCGACUGGCAGGGGCUGGUGAGCGAGUAUCUGGUGUGCAAAAGGAAGCUUGAAAGCAAAAAGGAGGCGUUGCUAAUCCUAUCCAAGGAGUUGGAUACCUGUCAACAAGAAAGAGACCAGUACAAGCUUAUGGCCAACCAGUUGCGGGAAAGACAUCAGUCUCUGAAAAAGAAGUAUCGGGAGCUGAUUGAUGGAGAUCCAUCCCUUCCACCUGAGAAGAGGAAGCAGGCAAAUCUUGCUCAACUACUGAGUGAGGCUCAAGAUCGAAACAAGCAGCUUGGAGAAGAGAUUAGAGAGCUUCAGCAGAGACUGGGAGAAGUACAAGGGGACAAUAAGCUCCUUCGAAUGACAAUAGCAAAGCAAAGACUUGGAGAUGAUGAAGUUGGGGCUCGCCACUUUGCAGCACAUGAACGGGAGGACCUUGUUCAGCAACUGGAGAAGGCUCGAGAGCAAAUUGAGACUCUGAGAUAUGAUCUUCAGGCUGCACUGGAUGAGUUACAAGAUGUGAAAGAGGAACGCUCUUUUUACCAGGAUAAGUCUGACAGACUAAACCAAGAACUUAAUCAUGUCUUAGGAGGGCAUGAAAACCGUAUCAUUGAUGUAGAUGCUCUGUGUAUGGAGAACAGGUAUCUUCAAGAAAGAUUAAAACAACUUCAAGAGGAAGUCAACCUUCUGAAGUCUAAUAUUACUAAAUAUAAGGCUGCACUAGAGAGACGAAAGAACUCAAAGACUCAUGGUAGAUCCAGCAGCAGUGCUCUGACUGGAGUCCUGUCUGCAAAGCAAGUCCAAGAGUUGUUGUCGGAGGAUCAUGGAUGUAGCUUACCAGCCACACCACAGUCCAUUUCAGAUCUCAAAUCACUGGCCACUGCAUUGCUGGAAACUAUCCAUGAAAAAAACAUGGUCAUACAACACCAAAGGCAAACCAACAAAAUUCUAGGUAACCGAGUGGCAGAACUAGAAAAGAAACUAAGAACUUUGGAAAUUGCUGGCUUAUGGAGUCUUCCAGGCCUGAGCUACAAUAUCUCAGUGGGAUUUGGGAGUGGAAAGGAUACUAUAACGUUCAGUGACCCAAGCUUGCCUGUUACACAGCGGUCCAGGUCACCGUUGUUAGCGUUUACUGAUAAGCCACUGAAAACUGAAGUACAAGCAGAACAGAAGGGAGAAGGUGAUGCAGCUUGUCCUGUUGCAAGUGAGUCCCUGGCUCCAGAGGGAACAAACUUAAAUAACAGGAACCAGAAUAAACAUUUUUACCCUUCAUUACCCCAGCUACGUUCCCAGGAAGAAGAAAUAAACAAGCUCGGAAGUCAGAUAAUUAAACUGACAGAGCAGGCAGUUGCAGAACUGGAAGGGAAAACAGGAGAGCAGAACACGGUGGUUGGAGCAGAGCUUAAUGGUUCAUCUGAGGGAGAGUUCCCACUUUCCAGCCCUGACCCAUCCGACCCUACAGAUCCCUCAAACUCGGAGAAUGAACAAACACCUGAAAUCGAGGCUCUGAAAGACAAUGAUGAAACCUCAGAGAGUGAUUGUGACAUUCCAAAUGAAAAAGGGGAUCAAAAUAGCACCGUGGGUGUGGUGUAUACUGAGGUCCUUGAAAGGCAUGGAGGGCUCAGUGUUACAAAUGCACACACGAAUAAGAGCUUUGAGGAGCUCCGUGAAUAUGAAAGCAAGAAACCAUCUGAUCCUGCUGAAAAUUGUGAAUAUUUGGAUAACAGUUUGGCUUGAGCUCAUCUCAUCAAAAAGCAGGGAGUUAUUUCACCAGAUCCUGAGAACCCAAUUUAAUGAAGCUCUGAAGGAAACUUCACCAGAGAAGCCAGAAAUCUUUCAGUGAGAAAUGGCAUUGCUGUUCCAAAGCAAGGAGAACAGCAAGAGGAGAUCCAGUGAUGCCUUCUACACCUACUUGGCACUCUCAGUUACUGGAAUUGCAUUCCUCAGCUUACAGGAGCUGGAACAGCCCUCGGGCUGAGUAACGGGUGGUAGAUUUCAGCUUGUUCCAUCUGUGCUCUCCUUUUUAAAGGAAUCUGUGUCUCUUAUUAUUUUCUCAUGGUUUGGAAUUAAGGAUAAUUCUUCCUUUCCUCCUCAUUUCAUCAGUCUAUAGUGUGGUAGAAGGUUUAUUUGCAGUGUUCCUGCUUUCUAAAAUUUCUUCCCUUGAUGUUUAGCCAUAGGAAAACAUUCCUAUAAUAACCAGGGGAAAAGGAGGCUGCUGUGUCAUUCCCUAGCUUGCUCCUGAUGCUGGAGCUGUGCCACUCUGCUCCUAGGAAGGCAGCAACAAGGGGAUACUUAACAUUGAAGUCAGCAGCUGUUGGAGAAGGGAGGCAGGUCCUUCCUCUCCUGUUUGUAGCAUAAGGAAUAGUCUCUGCAGCUGUGGAGCUUCUAUGGGCCAGCAGCCAUCAAGGCAAUUUUUCUGCUGGCUUGGGACCUAAUUGUCUGUAAAUGUUCAUUUCUCACUCCUAGAACUUGAAACCAAUCAGAGAGAAUUAAACCAAAUUUAAUAAAAUACUACUAAUAAAAAGAAGAAUCCCUCCCAGAUUGAGUACUUCUUUGACAAAUAACUGCCAGCUGCAAAUUUUUUACAGCCCACUUGUCAGCUACUGAAUAAACAGAGUUUAUAUUAGCAGUACGGACAAACUCUUAUGUAUAUCGAAGAUGAGCUAGCAGGUGCUGCCAUAAUCAAGGUGUCAGAAUCCAUGAACAGUUUGUAUUCAGCAGAAGAAAGGCUCUGUGUAAAUCAUUACAUAUAAAUAUAAGGAAUGAUGGUGAGAAGGUAAAAAACGUGGCUUGUCACUGU